AGGAAUUGUACCAUUAGUAUUUUGCCAAGCUUAACACUAUCACAGCUGCUAGAAGGACAGGGGAGCAAUGGCUGAAGCCAUAGCUGACACAAGAAGGCUCUUCACUAAGCCUCAGAACUUAAAUGACGCUUAUGGACCCCCAAGUAAUUUUCUAGAGAUUGAUGUGAGCAACCCUGAGACCAUUGGGGUCGGUAGGGGAAGAUAUACGACGUAUGAAGUCAGACUGAAGGUGAGUUUGCAGCAUACAGACGCUAAAGACAUUAGCUCCCAAGCUAGCUAAACGUUUUUACUGCAGUUGCAUAAAGUUGAGUCAUAGGCAUCUGGUUUGUCACAAUGAGUGAGGGAAAAAUGUUAAUAUGUCAAUGACUUUUAGAGACAAAUAAAUAACUUUGGGAACAUUUAAGCCAACGGGAGCUCCCAUGCUAGUCGCGUCAACGCUCGUCAAAACAAGCUAACCCUCGUCAGCUAGCUUACAUUGAACUCACGAGUUCACUCAAGUUAAUCAUUUUGAGUCAUUUCGAGAUGUGUUUUGUAUCAGCUAGUAAUACAUGGACGAAUACUGACAUUCAGAGUCACUUUAAUGUCGCUGUAAGUGGAAGCAGCUGACUGUCAGUGUUUGGUGUGUUUAUGUUUGUUUUCUCUGUGGGUGUGAUUGUUGAUCUGUUUCACUAACACCGUCUUGGUCAUGUGUCAACAACAAAUUCACAGUCAAAAACCUCUUUGGAAGCUGAUCAAAUAGUUUUUGGAAGUCUUCCUUAGAAGUAAAAGCCUUCCUGAACAUUUCAGAGUUCAACUCCAGCCGCACCCAGUUUGCAGUCAGGAGAGGACAGAUAACAGCUCUGCUCACACCAAAUAACCAUCCUUGCAUCAGAGUGGAUCUUUGUGACCAAGAGCUUAGCCCUGACCUGACACACACACUCACGUCAAACUUAGUGGGUGUCAUGGUUUAGUUUAAGACCAUCGUGCUUACAAAGUAAACUGCCUUGACUUCACUUAUCAGUCAUUCUCAACAGCCGUUCAAAGUAGUAACUCCAGUCUUGGAUUAAGGAGGAACAUAACUCAGCGAGACAGCUUCUUUGGAGCUGUAGACAGGAUGCAGCAAGCUGCCUGAUCCACUCCAGACCCCCUCCCACCCCUGACCUAUUUCCUUCCUCCUACUUUACUGACUAACUUGUCAGGAGAGGAAAACAUUGUUUUUCUUUGAAUGAUGUUUUUCCUCAACAUGUUUUUAAACAUCAGCAUAAUUUAGAUCUAAAGCAGUGCCUAAUAUUGCCAUAUAUGUGCUUAUGAAACCUAACAUGUUUGCUGAUUUGCUAACACUGUCCAAAACUUUGUAAGAUUGAGCAAUCUGUGCUGAGAGCGACAGUUAGUCAGGUCCUGAGUAUUGCAAAAUACACAUCCUGUGUCAUGUGUUUUUUUCUCUGAUACAGACACAUAACCUCAAGGCAAGGGCAGAAACAGCUGAAAGUAAUUUUGAAUACCCUCAUUAGUCGAACUGUACUGUGGUUAAUGGAAAUAUUGCAAAUGGUCUUUAAAAAUGAUAAAAAUUUAAGCUCCCUUAAGCUCUCCAUCAGACCAAGGGCAGAUGAAUUUUCCUUCUAUUGUCAGGAAACUGUAAUGCCUCAUUUCCAGAGUGCACUUGAUUUUAAUUUUAUUGACUUGCUUUGGGUUCUUGAUAAAGAUUCAACACUUAAAACACAAUAAAAAUUGAUCAUUUGAAUAGGAUUUGUAAUGCAAAAAGUAUUUUUUCUGAUGACUUUAUCUCGUCUGCUUUGUUUUGCCAGCUCAUUUAUCCUUUCCUUAUGUAUGAAUAUAUAUUUUAUACACACACACAGUACAGGCCAAAAGUUUGGACACACCUUCUCAUUCAAUGCAUUUUCUUUAUUCUCAUUACUAUUUACAUUGUAGAUUCUCACUGAAGGCAUCAAAACUAUGAAUGAACACGUAGAAUUUUACUUAUAAAACAUGUAUUGUAUUUUAGAUUCUUCAAAGUAGCCACCCUUUGCUUUUUUGAUGGCACUGCAAACUUUUGCUGUUUUCUUCAUGAGCUUCAUGAGGUAGUUACCUGAGAUGGUUUUUACUUCACAGGUGGGCCUUGUCAGGGUUACUUCACAACUGACAGAGUCAGUCACAAAGUACUUCUGUCAUCAAGAGCAAAGGGUGGCUAUUUUUAAGAGAAUAGAAUAUAAAAACAUGUUUUCAGUUAUUUCACACUUUUCACAAAAUUCUACAUGUGUUCAUUCAUAGUUUUGAUGCCUUCAGUGAUAAUCUACAAUGUAAAUAGUCAUAUAAAAAAAUAAAGAAAAGACAUUGAAUGAGAAGGUGUGUCCAAACUUUUGGCCUGUACUACAUAUAUAUAUAUCCACCGUCCAACCAAAAUUCACUGCCCAUUUCAUCUCUGCUCAUCUUGUUGAGUUGUUGUCUAUUCCUGUGACCACGACUGGGCAAGGUAACAAAAUUUGUGCAUAGUUUCUAAUAGGGCUGGGCGAUAAACCGAAAAUUUACUGACACUUAAUUUUCCGACAAUAACCAACAUCAUUUUGCCCUUAUUAGUAUAUUCAGUGUCAAAAAUAAAUAAAUAAAAGUUGUUUUUGGAUCUGUGUAGGUAGGCUGAAGUCUCAUGUCCCUUUAAGACGUGACCCCAUCCAGUCUGUAACAAAGAGGGAAAGUCAGGUGAGGAGAUGGAGAACAGUUCAAACGUUGUUGCGGCUGAAGAAGACAAAGUUAAUGUGGGAGGGGGUGAGCAGCUUGUGGAGUAGAUAUUUUCCAUUUAUCAUUAUCGAGGUGAACUGCUUAAUAUAACAAGAUAUUGUUUUGAGGACAUAUCGCCCAGCCCUUGUUUCUAAUCAACUUGUUUAAUCUUUAUCUUUGGACAGUUGCAACGUUUUGUUGAUCUGGAUUGAAGCGAUGGCUAAAAUGCUCUGCACUGCUCCCAGCGUUUCCAGUGGUACUGCAAAGUUUUGUUUGGGUUUGGACAGAGGGUUCUGUAUGCCAGCUCAUACCCAACAAAAAGAAGAGAUACGCUAUAACCCCACCUUUGAUCGUCGUCUUAGCUGACCUAGAAUCUCAACCGUAGUGACACCAUAAGCAACAUCGGGUACCAGGAAUAACAAAUACCCAACAUGUAAGACAAGAUAGGGUUCACGAGACAAGAUUUUCACACCAUUAUAAGGCACAAGAUCUCAACGCCCUCACACAGCUAUUCCAAAAGCAACUUUCAAAAGCCAAGAUGAGUCAGUAUGUGCCAUUCAUUGUGAAAGUAUCUUAAAUGUUACAACUAGGACAACAUAAUCUAAGAUCAUUCAAGUGUUUAUGACAAAGAAAAAAGAGCCCAGCAAACUACAGUGUGAUACAGUCAGAACCACAAAAAGCUAGUUAAAGGACUGAAUUGGGUUGCGUUUUUUUAUGUAGUUUAGAAGACUGAAAAAGACUAGUGUAGUCGACAUUUAAGUAGUUGUUCUAGAGCUUAAUGGCAAUACAAGACAAGGAAACAAAGGAAAGUGACGCAAACAGUUGAGGAAGUCAUACAUUUUUCCUUGUAGGUAGACAGUUUUAAGGAUUUUAACAAAUUUUCUUGAGGAGACAUACCUUCAAUUUUCAUUUGCAGCAUAUUCUAUUUUGUAUUCUGCACAGGUUGUCUCAGGGACUCCGAAAUUAUCAGGCAGUCAGUAGGAUGAUCUAAUUGCCUCAUCUCUUAUCUUUGAAUUGUCAUUUCAGCUGACUGACACCCCUGUAGUUAGUGGUCUGGAGCAUUUAGAUUGCUGAGCAGCCCUAAAGUAUUAAUAGUUUCCCUUUACCUUCAAGAAAUGAGUGAGAGAAGAAAAGCCGUCUCCAGGCAUUAGCGUUGAAUUUAAGGCUACUGUACUUGAUUAGCGUGUAAUAAUUAGCAUAUGCGUGUAAUCAGCAUUAUUGUGCACCUCAUAGCCCCGUGUGACCCUACUUUGCAUAAGACCACAGAAUAAGUGGCGCAUCCCUCACUUCUUAACAAACGUGGUGUCAACUUUGCUUUGCUUCUCCUUUCUUCAGCUUUCUUUAGAGGCAUUUUGCUCCAUCUCCAGCAUGCUAAGAGCGUUAGCUACAAAGCCUCAGCCUGGAAUGCAUAUCCUAUGCGAUACUCUUUUUCUUUUUAUCUUACUUUUAAUAUUUAGGAAUACUUGAAUUUGAUCUAAUUAUGCUUUACAGUUUGUGUUUAUGGCUCAUUCCCUGGCUUCUGUUCUCAUCGUUGUCCUGCUAUCCAUCUGAAAUGGAGAGAGCCCUUGUGGCCGCACUGAGAGAGUCUGCCUAAUCCCCUCAUUGAGAGACGAGAAGAAUGAAACAGGCCAGGGUGUGGGGGAAGCUGGAGCGCUUAUUCCCUAUCCUUUCCCCCCACCCAUGGGAGGGCAGAAAGCCACCCUCUCACCAGCCUUCACCCCAUUGCUGUUUAUCCCGUCUCAGUCCCAGCUGUAUGCAGUCAGGCGCCUAGUUCAAAGUGGGGUCAAUGAAAUCCCUACAUGUGAUUCACCGGAUAUAGUUUAUGUGAUCGUAAAAUUAGCUGUACUCUGUUUCAAGAGUCAUGUGACUCAUUGGAAGUGUCUGAAUGUUCAUUAACUUAGUGGCCUGACGAAUGGCACAAAGAUCUGUUUGUCAUGUGAGGAGGUUGUGGUCACUGUGAGGUAGGUUACGCAGUCACUUGUUGACAACCGGACCCACAUUUUGUGUUCAAAAUCAAUGGGAUCAAUCCGCUUCUUUCAGUUAGGUCUUUACAGGAGGAGGAAACGACGUUCAGACUUUGAAAGGAGGCGGAUAUCUCACUUCGCCUGAGCAGACUUGUAAUGUCCAAGGUCGUGAUGAAACAAUGCAUUUUUGUUCCCAUGUGAACCUCUUCGUUUUUUAAGUGUAGGUUCUGAAAAUGGCUUAUGGACCACAGGAAGUUUGGUGUUUUCCUUUUUUUUUUUUUUUUUUGCCCCUUCACAUGUUUUUCAUGUUCCUAAUGGACAAGCGAGUCCUGUCAUAUCGCCUUAAUGCUUUUUUUGGUUGUUCCUGGUUGAAGAGGACCCCCUUCAGCAGCAGAGUGUAUUUGUUUGGACCCUCAGCAAACAGGGGGUUGGAGUUGCAGUGUGUGUUCAUGACAGAGGAGAAGGGGGUGGGGUGGGGGGGGGGGGCUGUUGGGUAUUAUCAAAAUUUCUUGUCUUUAGUUGGUUCCCAUCUCAUCCAGAGAGCACAUUGAGGGGAGAGAACUUUGGGAUCUCACUUUGUUUAUGGAUAGGAGUACAUAAAAGGCCUCUUAUAGCUCUGUCGCUCACUCUCUCUCAGUCUUCUACCCCUCCUCUUCUCUACUCCCAUAGCUUCUCCCUCUCUCUCUUUCUUUCUCUUUUUCCAUUUGGGCAUCGGGGCGGGGGCCUUUGGUCAUUAAUAAAAUGGGGAGAGAUGGGGAGUAGGGUUGCAUGUUAGUGUGUGUGUGUGUGUGUUUGGGGGGGGGGGGGGGGCGCUUGUCAGGCACAGUCAAGUGUAAUCCAAAGUCUACAGCAUCCUCUUCGACAACUAUUUUAAUGGAAAUAGGGAACAUAUUGUAUCAAGGCUACCAUAUCCUACUUGAAAUGACAGUAUCAAAAGUGGGAGUUGAUACUAUGGCAACAAAGCAGCUUUUUGCCAGCUAGGCGAGUCGGAGAGAGGGUAGGCUGUCAGGCCGCAGGGGCCGGCAAACGAGAGAACCAGUGUGAGAGUACAUGGAGAGGCGAGAGCAAAAGACCUAUAGCCCCAGUGCUUUUGUUCCCAGUCCUUUUCUCCCCCCAUCCUGGAAUAUGAUGCAAUGAGAUGGUAUUAUGUUGCUAUUUUUUAUGCUAUUAUUCUGAAAGGAGAAGCACGGGAGGGGGGAAGAAGGGGGCAUGGGGGAGGUUUAGGAUGCGCACUCUCAAACUUGACUUAAUCCAUCCUGCUAAAAGCUAAUGCAUGGUGGCCUUGAACCAUUCUCUCAGCAGACGAGUGAUCUUUGUCAACUCUCUCCUUUUUUUUUCUCUUUCUAGCUGUUUUUAAGGGUUCUGCCUCUUUUCAACCCGUUUUCAAUGAGCCUAAGGUAUUGUGUCCCACACAUUAUGAGUCACAUGCUCUUCCUAUGGAGCCUGGAUUGCACCUUGCGCACUCAUAAUGGAAAGUGAAGCCAAGAGGUCUACUUUGAAGGAGGUACAUCUAGCUUUCUGCUCCUUCUUUUUAGAAUCCUGGGUUUUUCUCAUGUGGGGAAAAAGCAUGGGUUUUAUAGAAUUCCUUAAUUUUGCGUUUUAUUGCAUUCUAAAGCUUUUUUCUAAAUUCAAUAUUUGCCUUUUUGCUAACAUUCUUUCCUUCAUUUCAUCCACAUGUCUUUUAUCUUUUGUUUCGUUCUCAAUAUUUAAAGAAAGCGGCGAAGUGUGGCUUUUUAAGAGACUUAAUAAGAUGCUAAGAAGUUUCUGGGCGUGGGCUGGACCCAUGUCCCAGUCACUGCAGAGGCCAGUAAGUUGAGACACUUGGGGCCCUAACCUCUAACCAGCCGUGAAAAGAGAACAGAGGCCAGAGAAACCUGAUCUUUGACUUGUAUGGCUCUCACGCACCGCCUCUUUUUCUGUGUGCAUUAGAGACACAGAGCGAAGGAGUGAGUGAGACCUCUCAUUUUUCAGUUCUGUCGCUUUCGUCCCUCCUCUAGUCCUGCCAAGCCGAUCUCUUAAUCACAGGGUGUGAAGGGGUGAGAGGAUUGAAAGGCCAGGUGACUUUCUUUCCCUGCGCUCUCAAUGCUUACUUCAUUGUGUAUAGUUCAACUGUGUGUGUACAAACAGGCUCGAAUGCUUCAGGCUAUUAUAUUUACAUUGUUAACUGUGUGACUGGUCAAAGCCCUCCACUUAACACCUGUGCGAGCCUACUUUGGUGCACGUCAGUGUGUGCUUACGCGUGGUUAAGUGUUUUCCGUGCGCACAUGAUGGGAUUAGAGUCACGGCGGUGGCAGAUUACCUGUAACUGUGAUCUGUUGUGGAGGGGAUUAACUUUGCGGUGCUCCAUGCUGUGAGGUAACAUGACGCAGCAGGGACAAACUGCGGCGAAGGGAAAGUGGAGUUAAUGCCCGAGCACUGGGGUGAUAAAGCUAAGAUAAUCCUGGGAAAGAGGGGGAGAGAGGGGCUCAUUGACAACUUCACCUGGAGAGAACUUGAAAUGGGGGAGAAAAAACAAGGAAAAGGGAAGGGAAAGCAUGUUUACGGGAGCCCAUCUGAUUACACUGAAAGGAAUAAAUAUGCUGACUACUAUUUCAUUCAGGUUAUUCAACCAGAUUAAGUUUUUAAUCACUGGUAAUGUGACCUUUAAAAAAUUAGAGUAAUUUAGUCUUCUGGUUACUGUUUACCCCCUGUAUUUCAACAGCGAAGUCUGGGUUCUAGUUUUGUUUUCAGUCUGUGCACGGACCUCUGAGGCCCUGUGGAUAUUUUUUGUUAGUGUUGUUUUUUUUUCUCUGCAUUUUGACCUCCUGACGACACAAAAGAAAAAAUUGAACCCACAGCAAAGCUAGAUUUUUCGUGAAGGCCUCCAAAGAUGGAGAUUUUGAAAACCCUGCUAUGUCUGAAUUAGUGUGGACAGUGAAUAUGGAGUUUUUGGAAAAAUGCUAAAGUCAUUAUUGCAACAUGUGUGUGUCACUUAUUGUUUAAAGUGUUGGAGCAAUAUGGGUUUUCUAACUGCAAAUACUAAUACUGAUAUUUACAGAGCAGGCCAGCUAACAGUUGAUCUAUAAUGCUGAUAUUACUUCAUUGCGUUUGACAUUUUAGAAAGAAUAAUAAUCUAACAAAAAUAGGGCUGAAAGGAUUCCUCGAAUACCUCAAUUACAAAAAAUAAUCAAGGAAUUUCCUCUGCCUUGAGUAUUCGUUUAUAAGCUCAAAUCGUCACACAGAUUCCCACAGAUUAUUUUCAAGGUAACAUGCGCUUACGUCACCACAGUAGAAGGAGGAGUAUUUGCAGUUUUGGUUUUGCGGAGCAGAAAAAAUGAAUGGUGAGAGGGGCUUUUCUUCUGCAGAGCUCCAGUAGCUCAUUCGCACUUAGCUCUGAGUCGUGAGUGGAGACAGCGCUGCUCUCGUCUUUACGCUAGCUUGUAACCUAACAUUGCCAGUGUAGUAGCAAAAACAGGUAACAUAGGAGCUAUUCAGCUCUCAGACACUCAUGUCUUUAGGGGCAUGAUGAAAUCUAAUAUCAUAAUUAGCUUUCUUAAGAGCAUUGCGAUCCACUAACGCACACGCUUGUUCCGUGAAAAUUGCAUUUUAACUAAAAAAAAAUUGUUUUAUCCGAUUACUCAAUUAAUAGAUGGAACAUUUGGUAGAAUACUGGAUUACUAAAAUAUUUGAUAGCUGCAGCCCUAAACAAUCAUAACAGCCAUUAUUCUAUGUACAUGACUUAAUGGAUUUAACAUCUACAGAUAUCUCAGCUGGAGACAUGUCUCUGGAUUUUGAAUUAAUUUAUAAAAUGGAAGAUAAAUAAAUUGGGCUAUGCUGUAGAAGACAGAACAUGACGUUUAUGCAAGAGGAAGUAUUAAUCUCCAUAAAUCUCUAACUCACGUCAAACGCUCAUCAGUUACUGUUGAAUCCCAUGUUGUGUCAGUGAACCUCUUCUCAUUUAAGGGGAUGUUGGUGUUGCUCAACAGCAGCUACAUAAAUGAGGCUGUUAACAGACAUGACAUGUUCCUUUUUUUUAAGUGCCAUUCAUUUCUAAUCUUUUAUGUAACAGGCUGUUGGUUUGUUUACAGGAGCUUAGUACAAAGUGUAUGUUUAGACAGAGAUCUAGCUUUACUGCAUCAUUAUACCCAGUUAUGGGGUGAAUAAAUAUUAGACUGAACUGUUUUUAAUUCAUCACUACACUGUGUAAAUAACACUGUUGACUAUUGCCCUUCGCUCUUAAAGACUCUUAGUGAUUAUGCACAUGAUGUUCUUCUGUGAUGUUUGGCAUGUCAAACUCAUGGUGUUUACCGCCACCUGUUAGUCUGGCAUACUUAAAUUUGCCUUUCUGAUCAAUUCUGCGUUGUCCGGUAGAGAAAAAAAGGUUUACACAAUUUUUUUUUUUUUUUGCAAAUGGGGGAAAAAAACAGUUGUUAAAAAUAUCUGAAUGUAGCCUAAGGCUCGGAAAACAAAUAAAUACAAAAUAAGGGUUUGUUUGUUAGUUAAAAAAGAGUUAAUGCUUGUGAGAAAACAAACUCGUGUCUUAAAGUGAGAGUGAAGUUUUUAUUUCUAAAACUAUCACUGAAGUUUAGACCUCAAGAGCGAAGGGAAACUUAGACCAAUGUUAUAUUCAAGUUACUUUACUAUAACAAUCUGUGAAAUCCCACUUUAAACCCAACUAGAAGAAAUAGUCAAACAUCAAAGAUGCAGCAAAAGGUUCAGGAAUCGGGAAAUUAUAAUUUCCGUUUUUUUCUGUUUUUGUAUUUCAGGUUUUUAAUUCAUAGACUCUCUUUUCUGCCAAGGAUACUUGUACUGUAGUACUGUGGUUAGUAGGGAUGGGAAUCUCUGGUGGCCCCAUGAUACGAUAUCAUCACAAUACUUGGGCCACAAUACGAUAAUAUUGCGAUUUCUAACAUUUUGCAACACAGUGAGCAUUGCGAUACAAUUUAGCGAUUUGUGCAAUUUUUUAAAACUGUUGAGCCAAUUUAGCAUUGGCUUUUCUUCAUGUUUGUUUUAUUUAUGCUGUAUUUUAUUUUCAUGUAGCUCAACUUGUAAACCUUACAUAUAUAUUUGUUGUACUAACUUUCUCCUGCUUAAUGAUGUCACCUCUACCAACCUCACUGGAAAAACACAUUUAAAAUCGAUAUUUGGUAAAUGAGACGAUACGAUGUAUCACCAGACAAAAUAUUGCGAUACUAUCCUGUAUCGAUUUUUUCUCCCAUCCCUAGUGGUUAGGCGUGUGAGUACUUUCUGUACUUUUCUUGGAGGUAGUUUUGACCAAAUUUUUCCAUGUUUGUAUCCUUUAAAGAUAAGACCACAAUCAGAAAUGCCUGAUUUUUUUGGGGUGCCGUUGCUAUCUGUAGCUGAAUCAGCUUCUCCUUCCUUGAAGGCAUCUUUGGUUGUUUUUAUGUCAACUUUUCAGGUGACUUUUUUAAGAUGAAUUCCUCCUCCCAGAAUACUUGUGGCGCAUGUAUUGUCUCAGAUUUGCAACAAUUCUUGUAGAGUCAAUGGUACAGGAUGCUGGUUUGUUGCAGUUGGUAGAAUUGGCACCCCAUGUACAGAGUGGACAGUCCUUGGUGAGUUGGCUAAAGAAUUUAAUACUGGUCCCGCCAUUAUUUGGUGCAUGCCCUUCCCCCUCCCCUCCCUGUAUUUCUUGUCUCUCUCAGGUGGUUCCAUCAAAAUAAAAGCAAAAAAAAAAAAAAAUGAAAAUGAAUCUUUUAAAAUGAAGAAAUAAAUAGUACUAUCAGAAUCAUACUUGUUGAACACAAGCUUACUGUUAUCACAAAUAAUAGUUAUCACACAUGCUUUUCCUAUUUCCCACAAAGUCUGAGCAGGAUAUGUAAUUCUGAGGGGAGAGAGGAGGGCAGAGUAAAGAGGGGAAAACGAAUGCCCACAUUUCCCCUAUUGAAAUCCCACAAGAAGAGUCUCAAGGGCAGAAAAUCUGACUUAUUAUCGCAAAGCAGGGGGAAAUAAAGAGGAAGACGACUGAAAGGGAGAGACCAUGAGAGCAAAAAGGCCACUCCUGCUCUCCCUCCUACUCAAUUAGUCCUACACAGAGCAGAUGAAGCUCCCAACCUCUCCAGUUUCUCUGCUCUUCCUUUAUGAUCACGUUCACCGCCCUCCCUCCUCUUCCCUUUUUUUGUUCAGCCAUUUACUCAGCCUUCUAGUUAACUCUGCAUCCCCUCCUCUGCGCUCAGUCACAGACUGCUCAUCGAUCAGUCUGCUGCUCUCAUCGUAUUCACGCUGCGCCCGCUUGCUCAAUUGCUUUGCUCUUGUGAUUCCUCCUUCCAUGAAUUCUGACCUUCUGCGAAUGUGGCCUACCAAUGAAAUGCUCAUUCACUCCCUCCUUGUUUGUACAUUGUCACCGGAUGGCCAUGUGCUGUCAGGACUGGUGAAGAGGUUUGGCAUUGUGCUGUAAUGUGCUGUUUGCUCAAUGUUCUUUGUCAAUGUCGCAAUAUCUUCUUCUUCUGCUUUUUUUAAUAUGAAAUCCACUUUCAAGUGCUUGUCAAGAGCAACUUAGAAUAAGGCAUACAUCUAUGCAAAGAUAUAGGCCAUAGGAACAACAAAAAUGUAAAAACAUCCUGAGCUUGACCAACCUUGGUGAGCGAAAUACAGAUGAACUUUUUUUUUUUUUUUCUUUUUUGCCUGGAGGCCAGUUUUAACGUUUUUGCUCAGUUUGGUUCAAAUUGAAGGAGUGCUUUCUUUGUUUUGUUUUUCUCGCUUCUUUUUUUCCCCUGAAAAAGUCAGAGUAGGUAACACAAGGCUGAACUCCAAACCUAUUCAAUUAAACUUGUCACUCUGCCUUUUUCCUGCAGUUGGCACUUCUCGUGGGAAUGGCAUAUAUAGCAGAAAAAGGUCUAACUAUGCAACAAUGAGGAGAAGCGUCUGUUAAAAAUCUAUACUUGAAAAUCCUGUUAAAAAAAAAAGAAACAAAAGUAAAAUCGUAUGUCAGAUCAUAAACACAUCUGUGCCUCCAUACAAAUAUGGAGGAAGGUUAUCAGGGCUUGAUUGAAUGCUGCUGAUUCCACGCUCCUUCUUGCCGGCUGUGUGCCUGGGUGUCUCUUUGCUCUGCCCUCUGUCACGUCCACUACACUGUUGGCCAUUAUCAUCUCAGUAGGCAUGUGCCAAUAUGAAAAAUUUGAUAUCACGAUAUUGGUGGCCCAAAAUAUCACAAUUCACGAUAUUAUCACGAUAUUAGCGCAUUGCUUUUAACGUUAUUAAAAAUGGCAAAAAACUGCAAAAUCACAUCUCUGUGCACAGCAUGACACGCACAAACAAUAUGAGCAAGAGGCAGCUAACAUGACGUUGGGAGCAUUAGCUUUAUGGAGCUAAAGUUAGCAGAAAUGUCACUAACGUUGUCAAUAAUAAGCAGUAGAGUAGACCAAACUUGUUGCGGUCAUAUUGUUUUUACCUUGAUUUGGGCGAACGAUGCUGGAUGGUGUUCACGGAGGUGGGCAUGUAGGUUUAAAGUGUUAGACAACGGCGCUGCAACUUCCUUAUGGCAUAACCUGCAGAUUGGUGUCAGGUUUACCUGCUCUGUCUGUUCUGUGAAGCCGUUAAACGUCCAUACUGCCGACGAAACCUUUUUAAUAGGAGGAUAAAGCCAAGGCGUUUCGUCAUUCUCAGUCUCCGACUGUUCUUGGUCCGGUUUUAUGCUGUAGAAUGCACCCCUGCCGUUGAAUGCACCCCUGACGGGAGCGCAGUUGAAAGUACAUAACAAGGUGAUGUUCAUCUAUGUUUUUCUUACCAUUGGGUGGAUUCAAAAGCGUGUGCCUUUUAAUAAUGAUUUCAUUCAGGCUAUUCAGAUAAGCCGAAAACAAUAGCCCUCUAAUUCGGAAUAUCUGCUGUCCCGAAAAUGUAAUGCUCUCUACCUCGACAGCUUACUGUACAGUUUAUGUACCCAAGUACAUCUCUAUAUGUGCAUUUUUGGGACACAUAAAAACAGAACAAAAGUUUGCUGCUCCAUUUGACAUGUUGUCAUGAUCCAAUACUUGUGUUUUUAAAAUAUCAGAUCAUAUCUCCUCCACUUUAAGAAGCUAAUGAGCGGAUGGGAUGCAUUGUGGACACGCUCCUACAGUGCUUUGAGUGGCCGCAAUGCAUUGUGGGUGGCCACGCAUUUUGUUGUAAAAUUUCUUCAUUUUCUCUUUAAAUGUUCCCAUUUUUGCUAGCCUGUCAUUAAUGUACUUAAUUCGAGAGUUUUUUUGGAUUUGGGACUACUUUUGUGGUGCUUUGUUUGUACAUUUUGCUACAGAGGCUUUGACACCGUGGGUAAGACUACAAGCAAGUUAGGUUGGGAAGUACUUUGCUUCGCUCACCUCCGUUGAAUGACGCUGCCACUCGUCUUAAAAUCAUAAUUGUGGAACGAUUUUUACAGUACCUUACAAUUUCAUCAUCGCAGCCGUUUAAUAUCGCAAUUAAAUCGUUUAUCAGCGUAUCUGUACAUCUCAGAUUAGCAAAUGCUGAGGUUUUCAAGUUUUUUUAGUAUUUAAAGAGGUCACAUUUUCUCCAUUUAUGCCUGUUGCAGACAGUAAAUAGAAGAAAGAGAGGCAGUGAUGUUACCCAGUAACAGUUUGUUUUCUCUUGGUUCUGAAAAGGGAUGGCCGAUUACAGUUGACUGAACGGUAUCACCCAGAAUCACGCGUUAAUGACUGCUGUCAUUUUAUGAUUGCAGGCCUGAAAUGUUAGUCAUAUAAUGUGUCUGAGCUGUAGUUUAGCUUAGGCUGUAGCUCCAGUUAAUGCUGCUGCCAUCAUGAUUUAACACCUUAUGGAUGUAUAGAUUUUAAGGGAAAAUAUUAUUUAUUUUCCUUAUUUGCUUCAUGUAGUGUGUCUGCUGUUGGUCUGUGUUCAGUGUUUUUUUCUGUCACUAUGUGUUUGGUCAGAUCGAAAAAAAAAAAAUUGAGUUAGUUCUUUGUUGCCAUGUCAUCAAAGUUGGCAAUGAUCUCAUUCCUCUUUUAUUAAGCUUGUAUAAAAUUAAAUAUUUUGGCUAUAUGGCAACUCUAUAAUAGAGUUAAAUGACAGAACAAUGUCCACAAGCACUGUGAAUUUUUUAAUGCACUCUCUUGCCUUGGAUUUGAUUUUUAAAUUGAGUCGCGUAAUGUAGGUUUUUUUUUUGUUGGUACCGGGGAAGUAAUUAUUUGAGACUACAACUCCCAUGAAGCUAAGCUACUUCAUGACAUAAUCGAACUCUGUCUUUUUAUUUGCUUGACAUAGUUUCAAAUCUUGCUGAUGGUGUUCCAAGACUAGUUACCUAGGCAACAAUUCAAGAUAUGACCAGUUAAGUCUUACUAAAACGUCACCGUAUGUUGCUGCGUUCCAGUUACCUCGGAAGUCGGAUGUCGGAGCUGGGAAUGACGUUACACCCGAGUUUACGGCGUUCUAGUAAACAAGUCGGAAAACCAAGAUGGACGCCUACUGUUAGCUGUUGUUAGCUGUUGUUAACAAUUGUCAGCUGUUGUUAGCAGUUGUCAGCUGUUGUUAGUUGUUGUCUCUUACACUGUUGUUCUACUCUUACAAACACCAUAGCGCUGGUUUCACAGUUAGGCGUUGGGCGGUACAACAUAUACUACUUGUUUAAUUUUACAAAAACAAAACAGAAGUGCUAAUAAAUAAGACAUUAUGAGAGCUUUUACUGUUACUAUCUACUGUUGAUGCACUGCGCUGCCAUGUUGGAUUAUGACGCUGUCGGGUUGGUGAGGAUCGUGCGACUUUCCAAGUCGGAAAUCAGACUUUAGGGGGGCAUUCCAGAUGAAUUUCUGACUCGGAAAUCCUGACUUCCGAGUACAACUGAAGGGCAGCUUGUAUCAUAUGACCUCCAGCCGCCCUCUCUGUAUUGUUUAGUAUGCAUUAGUCUUGUUCUUGUAUGCUGGAGAGAAUGGAGUUGGGUUCAAGAUGGAAAGGAAACAAGGGCUAACUUCUUUCAAUACCAAUCCAAUUAUUUCUUACAAAAGUAAGUGCAUAUAAUGAUAAAUAAAUACACAAGUUUAGUCAAUAUAAUCUUGCCCAAUUGUAUGUCAUCAAAUUGCUUGUUUAGCCCAGCCAUCUGUGUAAAACCAAAGCAACAAACUCACUCAACAAGCAAAGACUAGUGGAAUGUUGAUAGAUGCUGACUUGUUUGCUGCAAAGACAAUUAAAUGACUGGAAAAACUGUCCUUAAAGAAUUUAAGUUUGGCUGGAAAAACCCCAAGCUGUGGAGAAAAUCAGACUCACAAUUUUUGUGGUGCUGUUACAGCAGUGGUAACUCAGCAUCUGCUGCUGCCUGCUGACUGAAAACAGAACGGUUACUUGAGGAAGUUCUUGUGUUUUGUGCAGAGUUCAAAUUUCUGUCCGCCGUGGUUGAUGAUGCAGCUUUCCUUACUGGUUCUUCUAAAUUAUACACUUUGUACGACAGCCACUGCAGUGAUGGUGGCUUGUUAACUUAUGCUGAUUUGUCUAAUUCAUCUAUGCUGUACACAAUAAUUAUCACCCAAACUGUUGUUGACAGAACUUUUAAACUUUAGAUUUAUUUUCUGGUUAAAACAGAUUGUCUUCUUUAACUGUUUUGAACAUGGGGUAAUGUUGUUUCUCCUCUUAAGAUUGAAUUCAGUUUCAUGUUUUUGUGCUUUUCUACUGUCUCAGUCAGAACAAACGAUUUGAAGUUGGAAGUCGUGGGUUGGUUAACCAUCAGUGUAAUGAAAGUAACCUCUGUCACCUAUUCAAAAACUACUCUUCAAUCUUGAUCAUAGUUUUAACUGUUUAUAGAAGCUGCUCAAUAGAUCAGGGUACCAUUUAAGAGAAGCGUCCAUCAUUAAUGUUUGUGAGUUUGUGUGUGUUUUUUUUUCUUCUACAGACUAACCUUCCCAUCUUCAAGUUGAAGGAGUCCUGCGUACGGAGGCGGUACAGCGACUUUGAGUGGCUCAGAGCGGAGCUGGAGAGGGAGAGCAAGGUGAGCCACUGAGGUGAACUCUAUACAAAAGCUCUGGAGUGCUUGGCUUAUCAAACCUGUGAAUAACAUCAAAAACAUCUGCUAUUAGUUGCACAAGGAGGACAGAUCUUUUUGCGGUUUGUUAGAACAUGGGCUCUUUGUCCUGCUGUUGAUUAGAAAACUUUGAGCCUACGUUUGCUAGCCACAUUGGUGGCAAUGAACUGUUUAGCCUGAUCAUACUGAGUGUAAUCAUCAUCAAAUAUAGCUUUCAUAAACCAUCUUUUUCACAAGAAACUUUCCUCUGUGACCAACAAGCUCAAAAAUCUCCAUUAAUAAUAUUUUAUCUCAGGUGGUCGUUCCACCUCUCCCAGGAAAAGCUCUCUUCCGGCAGCUUCCAUUUCGAGGGGAUGAUGGGAUAUUUGAUGACUCUUUCAUCGAGGAGCGGAGGCAGGGUUUGGAGCAGUUUCUCAAUAAGUAAGCCCUCCACAUCUUCUCUUCUCCACUUUUUUUUUAACCAAGACGGUGAAACAAUUUAUCCUUCACAGUUUCUCUGUUGUCCUCACAGCUGUCUCUCUGAGGUUUUAUAGAAACUCCGGCUCAAUGCAACACUUUCUGCAGAAAGUAGAUUCAACUUUUUCACUUCUCUUCAUAUUGUUAACAAACUGAACCCAUGCUUCGAUAUCUUUGUCUUCUUCUCAAUUCUCUUCUGUAAUUACCACGCAAAGGGCAAGAGCACCCGGAGAGGACUUAAGUGUGCACCCCCACAACUUAAUUUUUCCCACAUUUGUUUUAUUGUUGAUGUGUAAUUUAUGAUAAUUGCUGCUCAAAUUACAGCGCCUGGUUCCCCGCGAUGCUGUGUGCACCUCUGCUUAUUUUUGAUCCAGUGUGUCCCCGUUUUCAGCUGCCGAACAAUAAAAGUUACAGUGUGAUUGUAAUUAUUUGCUGUGAUUGCGGACUUGGCCAUUAUCUUUGUUUCAUGUGCAAAUGCAUCAAUGUUUCCUGUUGGAAUAUUAAGUGCAUAAAAAAAGCUGAGAAAAUAUAAAUCCAUAAAUGUUUUUCUUUUUCCGCAGCAUGAGAAUGUCUUGGUAAUUAAGAGUCCCCCCUCCUUGUUUUCUGUGAAAUGCUGCAGUUGAUCAUGUCAUUGUUCAGACUUGUGGCUGGCAGCAUUGUUGUCUCCGUGAUUGAGAGCAUUGUGAAGAGGAAAUCUGUUAGAAUGAUAAACAUGAUUAUUGCUGUGAAGAAAAAAAAAAGUGCGAAGGAGGAGUUGAUUACCAUCACUUUUUCAUAAUAAGUGUAGCAAAUCUGUUUCAAGCUUCAGGACAAGGUGAUUGGCUACAUCCUCUCUUCAAACAGCAAACAAGACCUUGAGAUGUUAACAUGCUUCUGCUGCACCUCAUCCUCAAUGUCAACAAGUCCAAAACCUAUUAAGAAUGGUUACCUGGGUAAUGGUUCCUCCUUCAACCGCCCCCCUGUGCUCUCAAAUUUAUCCAGAAUAUUUCCUGUUACAGGUUAAGAUGUCACCAGAUCGAUUUGGUCUAAAAGACGAAGCUUUAAAAAUGAGAUGUUUGGGGUCUCAGGUGUGCUGCCUUUUCUCAUUAAGCCUCUCUGCGUCAUCUGGACGGAAAGUCAGGGAAAUCUGAUGUCAAAGGGACUCAGUGAAAAGCACAGUCACAAACAUGUAGACUAUUUUACAGCUGUAAUAGAUUACCUUCACAUGAAUCAUACCCAGAUAUAAUGAAACACAAAGCCCUUACAAACCUGACUUCACUCUUUCCUACCUGCUCCCUGUUAAGACAUUUUAGAGGAUGAAGUUCCCCUGUGAGAAAGUAGAGCAGUACAUACCAUCUUACUGGUUGUGUAAGCUCCUCAAAGAGGCUUUUGAAUGUGUUUUUUAUUUUUUCCACAGGUGAUGGAUCUCUUUACCAAUUAAACUUUAAUCAACACCUCAACAAUAAGAAAACCUUACUAAACCAGUGUGACUUCAAGUAGUAUGAAAGUCACUUUAAUUACUAAUAUAAAUGAAAGUCUUAACUGUAUUUGUAGUAUACACCCUUUUCUGCUCCUCACGGCGUAUAAAAGUUUCAAAUUAAAAUAAGCCUCUCUGCUGAUAACUAAAUAUCUUCAACUGUGUCUCAGUCAGAUAUCAUCUCAGCCUUUAAAAUCUCUGAAUUUGCCAUCAUUUAUUGACAGUUUUAGCGCAUCUCUCCCCCAACAUUUCUUCUGAUUUUUAACUUCUUGAAGCAAGUUUCCCAUUUGUUAUGUCUGUCCUGGUAAAACUGAAGUAAGUUGGAGUAAAAGUGAGGACCCCAACAUUUCAUGGUCCUACAAAGGCCAAAUCCCCCAUGUUGUUGGAGUGAAAGAAAUCAAUUGAAAACCUUAAAUAAUAAAGAUCAAGAAUCAAAAAUAUACAAAUUAAAAGUAACAUUUUUUAUCGAUGUCUAGCAGCAGCACUAUCUCAUUACUUUUUAUUAAACACUUCAAGUGUGUCCGUUGUCUAAUAACUCAAAAAGUGAAAAGAGCCCACUGUGAGGAACAGGUUGCGUUUUAAUGUUGAGUGGAAUUGCGACACCGCAUGCAACAGAGGCAAAGGAUCGCAUCUACUUCUUUUUCAUGUUUUGUUUUUGCUCGACAAGAAAGGCUGACAAUGAGUAUAAUUAAGGGACUGCGUCAGUUCAACAUGUUCGAUGUGUUUGUAGUGUCAUGUUGGAGUAAAACACCGGACAAAGUUUGAAAUUGUUGUUCAAUCGUGCAGCUUGAAAGUGAGUCAAAUGUUGGUACAAUAAGAAGAUAUUUUGUUGAGUCUGUGUGUCACUCAUGUUUAAUGCUGCUACAAUAUUCCUGAAUUGCUUAUGGAGGCACAAAGCCACGCAUGUUAACAGUUCAACAGCGCAAACUUUGCUCAUAUACAGUGCCCAGCAUAAGUCAGUACAUCCCCUAUCAAAAGUAAUGUGUUAUUAAUAUCCAGAUGAGCAAAAGUACAAUUUUCAAAGUUUUGACAAAGCUGAGUUUAACAAAACAUUUUAUUUACCGUAAAAUGAAGAUGAGGGUGAUACGGUAACUAACAUUUAGUUUUGCUCCUAGAACUUUGAUGGGGGUGUACUAAUUUUUUCAUCCUGAUUUUAAACUAGAAAAAAUAUAUAUAAACUUUUUUUGUAUGCAACUUAAAAAAUCGUGUUUGCAAUCAAUGGCCUACAUUCGGGGGAGUAUUUUGUUGUAUAGUUUGACAUAGAAAAUGUUGAUUUUGAAAGGACACAGGAUUGUUUUGCAACUCUGAAGGGGUGUACUCAUUUAUUCUGAGCACUGUAACUGAUCUUAAAAUUAGACAAAUAUUCCCUCUAUCGACCCUCUUAACCCUGGUUUGUACAAUCAUGUUAUUUACAAUCUCUAACCUCUGUCUCAUACUUAACUUUCCCUCUUGUAUGUUUCAGAGUUGCGGGUCACCCUCUAGCUCAGAACGAACGCUGCCUGCACAUGUUUCUACAGGACGAGUCUGUGGACAAGAGCUACACCCCGUCCAAAAUCAGACAAGCCUGAAAAAAAAAAAAAAGAUGGCUUCGCUUGGCCCGGCCUGGCCUGGCCCCAACAACCCAAAGCUCUCUUCACUGCUCCAGGUUUCUCUCAGACAAAAAGAAAAAGAAAAAAAAAAACAACAUUUCAAUGACAACUUCCCCUCCCUGCGCCCCACCAAAAUAAUAUCGUUCACUGCCUCUUUUAGUUGAAUUAGUGAUCCUGAUCGGUGUUUGUUUUCACUUUCUAAUUGGAGUCAAGAAUGUUCGACACAUCAGUGUGGUUGAAAGUAAUUUAUAGUAAUUUCACUUUAUGUCUGGAAAUGCCACUAACAUGAAUAUAUUAUGUAUUUAUCAUUUAGCUCUAUGUCUUGAAUAUAUUCGUUUAUUCAGAAACACUGAACAAGUGUUCUAUGUACGCAAAGCUCUUGUAAAGACACAAAGCAUUUCCCCUUGUUUAUAUAUACAGUAUAUAAAUAUGUAUGUCCUAAUACUGGCAUGUUGCUCACCAUAACUAGCAACUUAUCACACACAUGCGCACAUGUAUUUGAUGGGCCGUGACUUUCAAAUCACACUUUAAAAAAGGAAGCAUGUGUGUGUGUAUCAACCAGCACCUGCCCAGUUAUCACAAUGAUUUUCUAGCAAGAAAGGCGUAAUUUACACAGAGGGAACUGCAGUAUUUCUACUGGCUAUAUGCAUUUUGAGAUUUGUAUACUGCUGUGCCAUUUUUGUUUAUUUUGAAGAUUUUCCAAUAAAAUAGGUGAAAUGUCUCCAUGCAUAAUCACA